UGUGUUUCAUUGGGCAACGUUGUGCCCUGCUCGUGUUGAGCCAGCCUUAUUGCCAGCCUUUCCAGUUUCCGCCAUUGCUGAAAACACAUUGCCUGCUGACCGAUAAAGUCACAAUAUCCAGAAUGCAGUUGACUAUUCGAGGACAAAAUACGCACCUGCUAGAAUGCACCGGUAGCGAAAGCAUUGCCGAGCUGAAGUCCCAAAUUGCUGUUUUGGAAAACCUUCCAGUCAGCGAAUUGAGGCUGUUCUCGGUUGGUGCUCCUCUUGGUGAUGAGUGCAACAUCUCCACUCUCACAUCAGCCACCAUUGAUGUCACAGUGCCCUUGCUCGGAGGUAAGGUGCACGGUUCUCUCGCUCGUGCCGGUAAGGUCAAGCAUCAGACCCCCAAGGUUGACAAGCAAGAAAAGAAGAAGAAGAAGACUGGCCGUGCUAAGCGCCGUGUCCAGUACAACAGGCGAUUCGUCAAUGUUGUACCAACCUUCGGCCGCAAGAAGGGACCCAACGCCAACGCCGCUUAAAAACAGAAA